UCCCUCCCUCCUCUCUCUGUCUCUCCCUCCCCCAUCUCUCCUCCUCCUCCUCUCUCUCUUGCUCUCUCCCUCUCUCCCACCGUUCGUCGCCCCGGGUUCGUCUCUCCUUCUACGACAGCGGCGGCGGCAUUGGCGGUAGUGGCGGUAGUGGCAGAGAUCACGGAGAGAGAGAGGCGCAGAGAGCCAGACACCCGCUGCGCCUGCCGGCAUCAUGAAGGACCGAAUGCAGGAUCUGAAGGCGGGGAAGGACAGCGACGAUGACGAGGAGGUGGCCGUCAUCGUUGACCGGGACCACUUCAUGGAUCAGUUCUUCGAACAGGUGGAAGAGAUCCGCGGGGACAUCGAGAAGGUGGCCGAGAAUGUUCAGGAGGUGAAGAAGAAGCACAGCGCGAUCCUGUCAGCACCCAACACGGACGAGAAGACCAAGCAGGAACUGGAAGACCUGAUGGCAGACAUCAAGAAGACAGCCAACCGCGUGCGCUCCAAGUUAAAAGCCAUCGAGCAAGACAUCGAGAAGGAGGAGACGGAGAAUCGCUCCUCGGCCGACCUGAGGAUACGCAAGACGCAGCAUUCAACCCUGUCGCGCAAGUUCGUGGAGGUGAUGACGGAGUACAACUCGACACAGUCGGACUACCGCGAGCGGUGCAAGGGGCGCAUCCAGAGGCAGCUCGAGAUCACCGGGAAGACGACCACUAAUGAGGAGCUGGAGGACAUGCUGGAGAGUGGCAACCCUGCAAUCUUCACGUCCGGGAUCGUGCUCGACUCCAAGAUCGACAAGCAGGCUCUGAGCGAGAUCGAGUCCCGGCACAACGACAUCAUCAAGCUGGAGACGAGCAUCCGCGAGCUGCACGACAUGUUCCUGGACAUGGCCAUGCUGGUCGAGAGCCAGGGAGAGAUGAUUGACCGCAUAGAGUACAACGUGGAGCACUCGGUGGACUACGUGGAGAGGGCCGUGUCUGACACCAAGAAGGCCGUCAAAUACCAGAGCAAGGCGCGCCGGAAGAAAAUCAUGAUCAUCGUGUGCUGCGUGGUGCUAGGCGUGGUCAUCGCUUCCACUUUCGGUGGCAUUUUCGGAUAAGCCACGAGACGCAGCACAAAAGCAGCGCCCCUUCCCCCUGCUCCCCCAUCCCCCCCUCCCCUCUAGGCCCCC